CUGUUGGUGAAAGCAGGCUGACAGACUAACAUGGCUAGAUGGAAGAAGGCAGAAACAAGAAGGCAGUCAAGUCAAGAAUAAAAGCACACACACUCAAACACAUGUACACACACACACACACACACAUUGCAUAACGUUCACAGGUUUUCCUGUCAACUUUAUAAAACUAACUUGCAUGAACAGAGGCCAUUUUAUGGCAGCCUCUUACAACGAACUGCUUUGAACAAAUGGACUGAAAUCUAAAGAAAGAUUCCAGUCAGGAACUGAAACCCAGACGUUUUAAUCAGAUCUGCUUGACAUGUCUUCUCAGGUGCAGAAAGACAGACAGAAUACCAAAAAACAUUUUUUCCGGUGUGCUAACGAUUCUGCCAGCUUGUCACCAAGUAUGAAUCUAACAUUAAAGGAAGAGGAAGACAGCUUCAAGAUGCCAUCAUUCAAAAUGAAAACAGCUUUAACAGAUUAUUAUAACAAAUAUAAAGAUGAAAAUGAAACGAUGACAGAGGAAGUUUCAAAAAAUUGCAGAAGCAAAAGCCAUAAUAAAGGUGACCAGACAAAGCAGGAAAUAGUUAAAGUACCAAGUAUUUUGUCCAAAAUUGGACACAAACUAAUAAUGAAAGAAUAUGCAAACAAUUUGAAAAUGCUGAAAAUCAAAAAGAAUGAAUUUUGUAUUUACUUAGAAAGUGAAGGACUAAAUACAGAACUUUUUAAGCAAGAUUUUAAACACACAAUAAACAGAUUGUUUAAAACCAAUUCUGAUGAUUCUAUUGUUCAGAAAGAAGUUGCCUCUUUUCUUGAACAAUGUUUUAACUUAUACACAAACGGCAAUUCUUUCUUUUACAAGAACAUUGCCAUGCAAAAGCCAUUGGAAAAGUUUCGUCCACUCUCACCGGCUGUGCCCAGAACAUUAAAUUUCAGUGCUUCAGAUAAAGAUUCUCCAAACACAAUUUCAAAUAUCAUCAGAAUCGAAGGUGGAAUAGCGACUUAUUCACGACAUUUAAUGACUUUAUCUUGUUUCACAACAGACGGUGACUGCAAUGUUGUUCAUAGUCCUUCUCCAGUCACGGAUCUUACCAGAGUUGAUAAACAAACUGUUAUGGCAACAAUCCCAUUCAGGAAAAAAAUUAUCUUUAUCAAUCCUUCUAGUUGUCAAAUGAAAACUUUUCAUUGUGGCUUUAACAAAAUUACUUUUGUGAAAAAUUGUACCUUUUUAGGUAUCAAAUUGUUUAGUAAAAUAAUAUACCUCGUAGACUGGGUUCAUAAUACAGUUGAAAGCAUAUUUAGUCUGAAAGACGACCCUGCAAAUAUCGCCGUAGGAACAAAUGAUAGCGUGUUAAUAACAUUUGCCAAUAUAAAUAGAAUUGUUUGUUAUAAUUUUGAAGGUCAACAGUUAUUUCAGUUAUAUAGCCAUUCUCUCACUUCUCCAACUGACCUCACUGUUUAUGGCAACUUUUUUUAUGUCCUCCAAGGAAAGAUCAUUUAUAAGAUUUCAUCACAGAGAGAAAUUGCGAUAAAAGCUCAAUAUUUUUCUGUAGGCACCAAAAAUAUUUUCUUUUCUGAUUAUUUCGGUGUUGGACAUGUUGUUGAGAGAAAUAAAGACUUUUGGCCAAGGUUAACUUGCUCACAGCAGAAACAAACCCCUGUUUUGAACAAUCAAAUUUACAUUGAUGACCCCUACCAUAUUAAAAAGAUUCUGCCCAUGACAAGCUCUUCUGUGUUAGUUACUUAUUGGAAUCUGAAAGCUAUAUUAUUUACUGAUAAUGGAACAAAAAUUUGGAGAAAAUCCUUAACUUUCCAGUUUCAACCUACUGACUUUUGUAGAUUGGACUCAAGCUCAUUUCUUGUUCUGUUUAAAGAAAACAGGAAAAUUCAAUAUAUUACAUGCCUUGUUGAUUGUCCAGUACUAAACCAAGGCCCCUUGAUAGACAUCCAUGCUCAUUACAUUCAAAUCUGUCAUAUAGUAUCCAAUAAGUUUUUGGCUCUAACCACUGAGGAAAACAAAGAGGUACAUAUUCUGUUGGUUAAGGAGGAUAAAGUUGUUAUUGAAAAUAGAAUUUCAUUAGAACAUUGUGAUGUCAGCAUUGCUGCAACUCCAAUCAAUUUUGUUGUUGUAAUGAAGAAAGAACAUAAACUGGUAUUUUAUUCAAUUGACUGCAAAGAGCUUUUCGAAAGGCAUCUUGAUUUCAAUGGCUACCCUCAUCAUAUCUACUCCAAUAAAAUUUACUUCUAUGUUAUCUACAGUAGAGAGUCAAUUAUGAUAUAUAUGGAGAAGUUAAAUGGAGGUUGCAACUUCCUUCAGCUACUGUCUCAACUAUUGGAGUUGUCAAAGGAACUAUUUGUGUAGUGGACUGUAACCUCCACAGGAUCCUUUUUU